AUGUACGUUAUAUAUUUUGCCCUCCUGCUCUCUCAUGGCGCCUUGCUCAGUUUGGCUGUGAAUUGUACGGCUGUAGUAUUCGCACAGCCAUCAACAACAACUCCGAACCCGAAUUACUCUUGGGGAGACAGACCCAGACUUGAGUUUGGAGGCUGGUCAGACGAAGAGGUGAAGGAAUGCCUGGGCAGCGCAAAUUCAUACAAUAUCUGGCUAGUGUCCAAUGAUGAUAGGUGCCCGUAUGUUUGGCUACUCUAUGAAGAGAUUGAGCCAAGGAAAAAGUUUGACUCAUAUGGGACAGUCGAUAUAUCGAAAGAUAACCUUGUAUGGUCGCCAUUCCAUUUCGAUCUUAGAAAAGCGUCGGAGGAAUACGAUGUGAACGAGACCUUAUACGCAGUGUCUGGCGGAUUCGGAAUAUCCGACGAUAGCCCAGUCACAUCAUAUACGACAAUUACCAGCACAUCAACCACAAGCUAUACUACAUUAACAACAGCCUCAUCAACCUCAGAGAGCAUUCUCACCCCGGUCGCAACUAUUAUUGUAACAAAAACAUUAGAACCCACCGCCACACACUCGAUACCUGUCAACCACAAAAACGCGGGCCUCAGCACUGGCGCAAAAGCAGGCAUUGGAGCAGGCGUAGCUGCUGGUGCAAUUGGCCUCGCAGCUGCAGCUUAUUUACUGCUACUACUACGGCGGCGGCGGCGGGCGAACCAAGUUAUGCCUAUGGUUAGCGGUCAUGAGUCCAAUAAGUACUCACCCCCUGGGCCACCAGAAAUGCACGAUGAGGUGCCAGGCUCGCUUCCCGUGGUCAGCGAAACGGGUAAUAACCAAAAGAGACCUCCGAGCGAGAUGCUCGGCUCCAUACCAGCAGGAAAACCUAGUGGAAGGGGCGUUCAAGACGGAGUGACAUACGAGUUGCCAUAA